AUCAAAUCAACAAACUCAAUACACAAAAGCCUUUUCUCUUCUAGUUUCCUUCACAUAUUUUUCUUCCAAUAAAAGUAUAUCUUUCACAAAAGACUUAAAAACAUUAUGGAAAUGGUGAUGAAGAUGGGAGCACAAAGUCCAGUGGUGAUUUUCAGUAGAAGCACUUGUUGCAUUUCUCAUACCAUCGAAACCCUAAUUCGCAAUUUUGGAGCAAACCCUAUUGUUUAUGAGCUUGAUAGACUUCAAAAUGGGAAGGAAUUAGAGAGGGCAUUGGUUGAUUUAGGGUGUCAACAAAUUGUGCCUGUUGUGUUCAUUGGAAAUGAGUUAGUUGGAGGUUCUAAUGAAAUUAUGAGUCUCAAUAUUAGAGACAAGCUCAAGCAAUUGCUCAUAAAGGCUAAUGCAAUUUGGGUAUAAAAAAUAUAUGCUUGUAACUUUUUUUAAAAAAUAACCAUGGGUCAGGGCAACUUAUGCACAUCUCGACUAUAGAUUCAUGAGUACUUGUGCUGCCUACAUCAACAUAGGUACCGGAUAACUCUGUCCACUAAGACUUGGACCGAUGAAAAGAAAUCACCUCAUAUUUGGCUUGAGAGAGAUUUACAAGAUUGAAAUUUGAUAAGCUAAAUUAAUUUCUAGGUCAUGAUGUCAUUUUUGGGCAGUGAAAGACCUAGAUAUAUGAGGUUUUCUUUUAUUCACCUUUUUAUCUCCAUUUUUUGUUGUUAAUGUAUUUUUUUGAUAUAAUAAUAAUGGUAUGUUUUGUCCA